AUGACGGCAGGCGUACCUGUAGCAGGGGGUCUGGCCUGGUACACCUAUGAUACUCUCUUCGAGGCAAAGGGCGACAUUCUACACACGAAGCGUCCUAAACACAUCGUCGGUGGACCCAAGAACCUUGUCAUAACGCACGGAUGUCGUGGCAGCGUGCUCAAGGCCGAAGAGAUCCAUCAGAAUGACCCUCGCCAGAGACUGGUCAUCCUUGGAAGCGGAUGGGGUGCCGUCUCGGUGAUCAAUCAAUUGGACCCUAAAAAGUUUCAUGUCACGGUUGUGUCCCCGACAAACUAUUUCCUCUUCACUCCACUGUUACCAAGUGCAACCGUGGGCACUCUCGAGCUCAGGUCGCUCAUUGAGCCAAUAAGAAGACUCUUAUCAAAACUUGGUGGAUACUAUGUCGAAGGACGCGCAGAGGACAUCGACUUUGAAAACCAGCUGGUGGAAGUCUCGGGCGUGAAUAACAGCGAGGGGCAAAUGUUCUAUGUCCCAUAUGAUAAACUCGUUAUUGCAGUUGGGUCUGAGUCCAUGACGCACGGCAUCCAAGGAUUGGAGCACUGCAACUUUUUGAAGUCCAUCACAGAUGCUCGAGAUAUCAGAAGGAAGGUCAUGGAGAACUUUGAGAAGGCUAGUUUGCCCACGACGACUGACGAGGAGAGACGCCAGCUUCUUAGCUUUGUGAUCUGCGGUGGCGGUCCUACUGGAGUCGAAUUUGCAGCUGAGCUAUAUGACUUUUUGUAUGAAGACCUGGUCGGCUAUUUCCCCGCUAUCCCACCAGAGGAAGUGCAGGUCAGCAUUAUCCAGAGCGCGGGACAUAUCUUGAAUACCUACGGCAAGACAUUUCUCUGGCUCAUCAUCGAAAAUAUCAGUGAGAUGACAGAGGCCAAGUUCAAGCGCGAGAGCAUCAACGUGGUUACCAAUGCCAGAGUGGUUAAGGUCAAUCCCAAGUCGGUCACAUACAAGGAGAAGAGCACCGGGAAGGAAUACGAAGUGCCAUUCGGCGUCUGCCUCUGGUCGACUGGCGUGGGCAUGACCCCGCUUGUCAAGACUUUGGUGGCAAAACUCCCUACGGGCUCUCAGUCCAACAAACACGCGAUCGAGACGGACGGAUAUCUACGCGUCCUUGGAGCGCCAGAAGAAACUGUUUAUGCCAUUGGUGACUGUGCCACGAUUCCCCAACCUCACUUUGUUGAGAAAGUGAUGACGAUUCUACAGGAAAACGAUACUAAUGGAGAUAAUGUUCUGAAUUACGACGAGUUCCACAAUCUCGCCAACAAGAUUAUUGCAAAGCACAGUGUCCUCAAAGUGUUCCUGGCUCGUCUGGACAUGGUCUUUGAAAAAUACGACAAAGAUCACAACGGAACGCUUGAUCUAGAUGAAAUCCGUGCCUUCCUGGUCGAUGUCGAGAAGCAAUGCACGGCUUUGCCAGCGACCGCACAAGUCGCCAGCCAGCAGGGCAAGUUUGUCGGCAAGAGAAUCAACGUUCUUCACGAGAUUGAAGAUGAUCCUGUGGCUGCCGCCAAAUUGCCUCAGUUCAAUUACACCCAUCUGGGCUCGCUCGCGUAUAUUGGUGGCAACGAGGCAGUCUUGGAUCUAGGCAAGGGCUAUGUUUAUGGUGGCCUUGGAUCCGAAUACCUUUGGCGAUCCGUUUACUUCAGUGAGCAGGUUUCGAUUAGGACACGACUCUUGCUUCUCAUGGAUUGGUCGAAGCGUGCUCUAUUUGGACGAGACAUCAGCAAAUUUUAGAGGGCGAUAGAACGGAAGACCUGUACAAGAUACUGAUAUAGUCCUGAGAAGAAAAAUUUUAAAGAUCAUCGAUUUUUGGCUUUUUUGGCUUUUUUGGCUUCUUGCCCUGUUGUUGCUGAGUCCUGACAGUUCUCAUAGGUGGUGAAUUAGAAUCGGGGCUAUGUUCCUUUUGCUUUGACUCCCCUGGUUUUCUUUUUCCUUCAGUCCCUUGCUUCGCUACAACUUUUCCCCAUAUCACAUACAUCAUCAUGUUGUUCUCAAGGUCCUCAAUUUUUGUUGCGCUGAUGGCUGCAGCAUGGUUAUUUCACGCCGCUAUUGCACCUCCUGCUCGUGUCGACGUAGAUCUGGACGUGAUAUCGCAUAACCAUGCUACAAGGCAAUCGUGCGAGUCACCUGCGGGAUGCUCGCAAGCGUAACACGCGAGUCUCAGCACCAACCCUGAUAUGGGCAAUGAAGGGUAU